AUGGACGAGGCCAUUCAGUUGAUUGAUGAACAGAAACGUUUUCAUUCGGAUUAUUGGGAUUAUUUCAAAAAAUGUACUGGAGAUCGCACUGUUGGAUUAGGAUAUCAUGUUAUUUCUGUAUUUGGAUCUCAGUCGAGUGGUAAGUCUACUUUGUUGAACACGUUGUUUCACACAAAGUUUGACACCAUGGAUGCGCAAUUCAAAAGACAGCAAACUACUAAGGGCAUAUGGUUGGCCCACACAAGAAAUGUAAAUACGUUGACAAAAAAAGAUGCUAAUGGUUCGAAUGCUGAUAUUUUUGUCCUUGACGUCGAAGGGUCGGAUGGUGCAGAGAGAGGUGAAGAUCAAGAUUUCGAAAGAAAAGCUGCUCUAUUUGCCAUUUCAGUUUCUGAAGUAUUAAUAGUCAACAUGUGGGAACAACAAAUUGGUCUGUAUCAAGGAAAUAAUAUGGCAUUGCUCAAAACAGUGUUUGAAGUCAACCUAUCUUUAUUUGGGAAAAACACUACUGGUCACAAAGUUUUAUUGCUCUUUGUGAUCAGAGACCAUGUCGGUGUUACCCCUUUGCAAAGUUUAAGUGAUUCCCUCCGUGCCGAACUGGAGAAGAUCUGGGCAGACUUGAAUAAGCCUGCUGAGUGUUCAAAUUCUUCCUUGUACGAUUUUUUUGAUCUAGAGUUCACAGGGCUUGCUCACAAGUUAUUACAACCAAAAGAAUUUGAAGAGAAUGUUAAACAACUUGGGGACUGUUUUGUUUAUCAAGAUAAUGAGCCAUAUUAUUUCAAAAAAGAGUAUCAUCAUAACUUACCGUUAGAGGGUUGGACCAUGUACUCCGAGAACUGUUGGGAACAAAUUGAAAAUAAUAAAGAUCUAGAUUUACCAACGCAACAAAUUUUGGUUUCAACUUUUAAAACAGAAGAAAUUGCCAAUGAAGCGUUCAAUAACUUCGAGCAAAAAUAUAAUGAUGAAGUCCAUCUGGUAAUUAAAGACAAAACUAAACUUAUUGAAACACUAAACUCUCUGAAGGAGUCUUGUUUGAACGAGUACGAUGAGCAAGCUUGUCGUUACACCAAAUCUGUUUAUUUAGCCAAAAGGGAAGAUUUGGCAGAAAAAAUGAUCGUUAAUUUUACUCAAACUGUUCAAAUAUUCUUGGACGAGCUAUCGAAGCAACUCUUUCAGAGGCUCACGCGAGAAGUUACUGAUAAAAAAAAUAAGGACAGCUCGUUUUCUCAGAGAUCAAAGGGUGUUUCUGUUUCAAUUAAAGAUGAAUUUAAAGACGCUUUAGAUGAUUUUGGGAAAAAUGAAUUAUUAGCAUCAUCCGAAGAGUUUAUGGAACAAUUUGAUGAGUUGUUAGCUGAGGAAAUCAAGAGAUUGUCUGAUGAAGAAAUCAAAUCCAUAAUCACAAAAGCGUAUAAGAAUGUAACUCUGGUUAUCAAAGAGGAUACUAUUCGUUUACUGUCGGACCCUGAAAAAGAUGUAUGGGACUGUAUUUUGAAGAAAUUCGAACAAACGAUUAAAGAUGCAUUGAAGAAAUACGCUGCUGGAUCAGGUGACUCUUUGACUUAUGAUUUCCAGGUAGGACUCUCUGAAGAAGAAAAUAAUGCAGUAUAUCGCAAAAUUCGCCACAAUUCAUGGCAUUUGUUGAACGUUACUGUUCACGAUUAUUUGAAGGAAGACACCGUUGUAGGUAUUCUAAGGGAACGGUUCGAAAAAAAAUUCCGUUACGACGAUAAUGAUUCACCAAAAUUAUGGAAGAAUGAAGAAGAGAUUGACCAAGCCUUUAGGCUGGCUAGAGAAUAUGCCACUGAAGUCUUAAAUGUACUUUCUUUGGCAACGACUUCAGAUAAUGUUGAGAUAGUGGCGGAAUUCGAUGAGGAAGAUGACGAUGAGGAUGAAUAUUACAAGGACGAUGUCGGUAUCUACCAUUCUCGUAGGUUUGCUCAUAUUUUGAAUGAAUUACAAAAAGAAAAAAUUCUACAGCACUUUCGCAGGCAAAUUAAUAUCACGGUAUUGGAUUCCAAAAGAUCCAUCAUCAAAACGACAACUUCAAUUCCAGUAUGGAUUUAUAUCCUCAUCGUUGUGCUGGGUUGGAAUGAAUUUAUGAUCGUUAUCCGUAACCCAUUGUUUGUGACGUUAGCGUUGAUAUCAAUUGUGGGUUUCUAUUUCGUAAACAAAUUUGGCUUGUGGGGACCUGUGUUGAAUGUUGCACAGAGCGCAGUAGGUGAAACGAGGUCCACUAUGAAGGCUAAAUUGAGAGAGUUUGUCCUCGACAGCGCCGAAAAGAACCAGACUCCGGUCCUCGAGUCCUAUGAAAUGGAAGAUAUGUCUAAUGAAAAAGAGAAUUAA